AUGAGUAAUUGCCAGCAAUUCAAUCCGCCGGUCACCCGGCGAACGUUCCUCGGCGCCACGCUGAGCAUUGCUGCGCUGUUCAGCAGUACCGCGCUCUCUUCGCCUGCCGCUGCGGAGCCAUAUGCGAGCAACACGGGUUUCAAGGCGGACAAGGACGAAGGUACGGAUGGAGACCUGUUCGUCGAUAACGUCAACGGUUCGGAUUCAAAUUCAGGGACGAGCGUCAGCGACGCCAUGGCAACUGUUUCAGCAGCCCUGGCCAUUGCGAAACCCGGCCAUGUCGUCAAGAUUCGCAAUGCUGGUGGCACCAAGUACCGGGAACGCAUUGCCGCCCCCUCCGGGACUGCAGGCAACACGAUCGUUCUGGAGGGAUAUGGAACUGAGAAGCCAGUCAUUACGGCAGCCGAGCCGUUGACCGGUGCAGUUGCAUGCACAGUCGCCGACGAGCCUGUCCUGGGCAAAAACUAUGCGUCGAUCUACAAGGUGCCGGGGUUCGCAAAGGAGGACAUAGCAUCCGGCGAUCCUCGCGCUGCAUUCCUGUUCGAAGGUGACAAGCGUUUGAUCCCGUGUAUGGGUCGCAAGCCGAAUCCACAAUAUCCGCAUACAGAAAGAGCCACAAAGGACUGGCUCGACGCUGACGAAACGGUGACCGACGGUGGUGAUCCGAACCUGGUUCUGGGCACCCGGCUUCCGGGCUUUACUGAUCGGUUCACAGCAGCACAAAUCGAAAACUGCGACAUUCUUUUCCAUCGUUUCCCAAACCGUGAUGCGCGGACAACCGUGGCGUCGUUUGAUGCGGCCAGUGAUACCAUCUACCUGAGCGAUCAGUCGUGGACGGCCGAGACCAACGCGAACAAGGAUAAAUUCAUCCUUGUGAACCUUUUGCCACAGAUGCGGAAAGGCGAAUGGGGUUUCGUCGACAAUGGAGCGACCGUUGAUCUUUACUUCUGGCCCAAUGACCCAUUGAGCGUUGACAACAACAUCGAGUACUCCCGACGAUCCAUCUGCGUGGAUGGACGCGGGCAAAGCCACUUGGCGUUUCGGUCCAUCAUUUGUGAAAGGUCCAGCGCCGCAGGGCCCCGCACGGAUGGCCGUUACGCAAUGACAUUCGGUCAUGUGGUAGGUGCACCUUAUGCAACCGAUGUCACGCUGGACAAUUGCUGGAUCAGGGAUACCUAUCGGGAUGGAUCAAGCUACGCCCCGGUCUGGGUUCGCAAUGUCAACAACUUCAAAAUGUCCAAUUCCACGGUAUCCGAUGCAAUCAAUCAGUUCGGCAUCCAAGUUCAGGGUCCGUUUUGGAACAAAUAUGAGGGGGCGGCGCUUGGCUGUGUCAUCGACAGAAACAUAGUCCUAAGAUCCGACCAAUCGCCCGUUCGGUUGUUCGGCCUUGAAAACUUCAUGGUCGUUCGCAACCAGUUUAUCGACUGCGGUCAAGCCGCCCACGCAAACAAGGGCAAUAUCUACCAGGGUGGUCACAACGGUCUGUGGUGGCACAAUUACUGGUGGGCCUGUUCCGGAUACUGGACGUUCCAGCGCUCGUCUGCUCAAUUCUUCGGCUUCAAUUUCAUUCAUGGCAACACGCUGGAUAAAGAUGGGCGCGCCAUUGAAGACCAAAACUUCGACAGAACUUCGAAACUAACCAAUUUGUCUCCAGCGACCGGCCAAGGCAUAAACGGCGAUUCAUAUUUCCUGAACAACAUGCUCGUGCCCUGGCGAAACGCCGCGACAUAUGCCAACUCGCUCAUCUUGGGGUCAAAGAGCGAAGCUGCGAUCAAUUUCUCUGUGAUGAACAACAUCCUGAAUGGCACAGGCUUUGUGACCGAGAAGCUCAUUGCAAACGGCGUUAAAACAAAUGUCUACACCAACGGAACACCGUUUGAUGCGUCAGACAGUCUGCGCCCCUUCGGCGAUGUCUAUCAGAACAUCACAAUCGGAGACAUCGCAGUCAAGGGCAACAGCCCGACACUGAAGGCUCCAUCUACCGCAAUCGACAGUCUUCCGGGAAUGGACGGGAGUAUUUCGCUUCGUUCGAAGUUCCCUGACUUUGACGGCUUUGGGAUGGACAUAGCGGGCAAACCGGUCGAUCUUUCGAAGCCGCCCGUCGGCCCGGUCAACGACCCUGCCGACCUGCAUCGGUUCGACCCGAUCUGGAUCGUGCGUCCGAAACUGACAGGAGCGCCGACUGUCGGUGGUUCCGUCACGGCCGACGAUGGCUACGUGAUGGCGCUUGGUCACACCUCCCGGACUUACCAGUGGUAUCUGGUGGAGGACGUCUAUGAUCCGCGCGACGACUGGACGCCCAUCGCUGGGGGAGAUUCCGCGACGUACUCGCCUGUCACGAGUGAUGUCGGCAAGUAUCUUGCACGGCGUACGACCAUGGAUGGGGUGCCUACAUAUUCAUUGAUGUCCGCGCCCGUCGCAUCCUCUUUCCCGAUCGGCAAGCCUGUCAGUCUCCUGAACCCACGCGCGGUUGACGCUCGCAAGUUUGCUGCGGGCAAGUGGCUCGAAACAGCGACGUUAGCAACGUCCAACAAACCGCUUCUGGUGAUCGUGUCGACUUUGAAUACCGCUUUUGGGAAAAUCGCCAGCCUUUCCAUCACACUGGGAGCAGAAGGAAGGGAAAACGGUACGGGCAAGGAGCUAUCCGUUGAUCCUACGGCAGCCCUGCGGACAAGGAACCAGUUGUCAGUGGCCACGAUUCUCGAACCUGGAACCGGCGUGCAGACCAUUCAGGUAAGCAGUGACGACAACUGGACGAACAUUCACGUGACAGUUCUUGAAGUGGAUGGCCUUGCCGGCAUCGCUGUCGGUUCGGUUACGGGUAGCUCAAAACCGACCGAGCUUUCACCAGCAAUCACCACGAGUAUGGACAACACGCUGGUCCUCUAUGCCCUCAAUCGAUAUGACGGCACCGGAGAUCCGAUCACCUGGGACGGGGGCACGACACUUAUAGAAGAACCAACGGGAAGAGGCCAUCCCUCAAAUUCGCUACGCGUGUCCUAUACUUACGAGCAGGCCGCCUCUUCAGGCACGUACUCCAAAACUGCGUCCUGGUCCGUAACCCACGGGGCUGCUACAUCGUUUGCGAUUGAAUUGCGGGCUGCAUGA